UAAUUAUAACAAUUAUUGUAUUUAGAAACUUAAUCACACACAAUACUAUAUAUUAAUGUAAUGGUUUCUAUAUGUCGGUUCCAACCACACCGUCUCUUUCUCAAGAAAUUACUACAGUACUACUUUUUGAGACAUUAGUUUUUAAAUUUAGGUCACUGAAAUGUAGGCUUUUUGGUGACCGACUCAACCAGACUGAGGCAGCCUGCUCACCCACCCCGGCUUAUGUCAUUCUGAGCGUCUCUCUGCGGCCAUGGUAACAUCGCUGCUGUAACGGGCUGCAGCAGCUAGUGACAGAAACACGGGUAUGUGUUGAGGCAGCACAAUGAAUUUAAGUGAUAUUUGUGACAAUGCUAAAAAGGGCAGGGAGUAUGCUCUUCUUGGGAACUAUGAUUCAUCUAUGGUCUACUACCAGGGGGUGAUCCAGCAAAUCCAUAAGCACUGUCAGUCUCUUAGAGAUCCAGCACUCAAGGUGAAAUGGCAACAGGUGCGGCAAGAAUUGGUAGAAGAGUAUGAGCAGGUUAGAAGUAUCAUGGGGACUUUGGAAAGCUUCAAGACAGACAAGCCUGUAGACUUCCCACCACCACAGCCAGAAGAAUCCCCCAAGGACCCUGCCGUCUGGCCUCCUCCUAUUCCAGCUGAGCACAGAGCUCCAAGCCAGCCAAAGCGUCCGAACAGAGAAGUGAAACCUGCAAGAAAAGAGUCUCCGCUCGUGCAGCACCGUGGUGGGCCUGUCGGUCGUGCUCAGCCCUUAUUAAAAGCGGAGAAGCCCGGCAGUAAAGACAGUAAGGAUUCAAGAACUAAAGCCAGGGAUGACAAGGGAAAAAAGAAUCCCCAGGAUGCAGGAGGCGAGGGGGAGCUGCGGAGAUUUGAUGGCACCGGAUAUGACAAAGACCUAGUAGAUGCACUUGAAAGAGACAUUGUAUCCCGAAACCCUAAUGUUCAUUGGCAAGAUAUAGCUGACCUGGAUGAUGCUAAGAAGUUGCUGAGAGAGGCAGUGGUGCUUCCCAUGUGGAUGCCUGACUUCUUCAAAGGCAUCAGAAGGCCCUGGAAGGGCGUGUUGAUGGUUGGACCUCCAGGAACAGGAAAGACAAUGUUAGCUAAAGCUGUUGCCACAGAAUGUGGAACAACCUUUUUCAAUGUUUCGUCUUCAACUCUUACCUCCAAAUACAGAGGAGAGUCUGAGAAACUAGUCCGGCUGCUGUUUGAGAUGGCUAGGUUUUACGCACCAACCACAAUUUUCAUUGAUGAAAUCGACUCCAUUUGUGGUCGCAGAGGCACGUCGGAUGAACACGAAGCCAGUCGCAGAGUCAAAUCAGAACUCCUUGUGCAGAUGGAUGGUGUUGGAGGCGCAUCAGAUAACGAUGACCCUUCAAAAAUGGUAAUGGUAUUAGCAGCAACAAAUUUCCCCUGGGACAUCGAUGAGGCAUUGCGAAGGAGACUUGAAAAGCGGAUAUACAUUCCUUUGCCUACAGCACAAGGCAGAGCAGAGUUGCUAAAGAUAAAUUUAAGAGAAGUUGAUGUGGAAACAGAUGUCGACCUUGCUGUUAUAGCUGAACAGAUUGAGGGUUAUUCAGGGUCUGAUAUAACUAAUGUGUGCAGGGAUGCAUCCAUGAUGGCGAUGCGGCGUCGGAUUCAGGGCCUGACUCCAGAGGAAAUUCGAGCGCUGUCAAAGGAUGAGCUGCAGAUGCCUGUGACUAUGGAAGACUUUGAAUUAGCACUAAAGAAAAUCUCCAAGUCCGUCUCUGCGGCUGAUCUGGAGAAGUAUGAAUUAUGGAUGACUGAGUUUGGCUCGGUUUAGCUUGACUGUGAAAUGACAAUGCUUCUAUCAGCAGUGAAGGGACUAUUUUAUUUUUAUUUAUGUGUUCCAUAACAACAAAACAGAUUCAAGAUUGCUGUAUCAUUUUAGAAAAGAACUUUAUUUGAAAGGGAAGGCUGACCAGGACCUCACACAUUCAGAUUCACCUCAUGUUGCUUAAUGUUACCAUUAAAAACUGUUUCCUGGAAGAAGAAAAAAAGAUGUGGGUUAUUGGGACUUCCUCCUCUUCAAUGUAACUUAUUUUAAACAAAGGCAUUGUUUUAACAGUAAAAUCAUAUACUGUACAUUCUGACAAAGGGUUUGUAACACACACUGAUUGGUUCCUGAAAUUCCUUUACAUCACUGACCCCAUAUUUAAUAUAUGAACCAUUUUUGUACCACAGUACUAAACUCAACCUAAAAUGCCCCCUAUUACAUGUGAAUCUACUGGGUCUAAUCACAGGGAAGAUACAUCUAAAUAUUUUUGUGUCAAUAAAGGCCCUACAGAUGCUAUUGAUCAGUAUGAGAAAUUAGGAAUACAAGUGAUUCUGUGUUUUUAUUAUACCAUAUAUUUUAACCACAAGCCUCUUGCGUUAUUUAAAAGCUAACAUGUAUGUGAAUAAAAGCAUCUGACCUUGA